CCCUGCCCUUUCGCCUCCCCCCCCCUGCCUCUGGCGCGCGUGCCGCAGCCGUUCUGGUCCAAGCGGUUGCAUGGCCGCCUGCCGCCCCACCCAAGCCUUGCCGCGCUGGCCUGGCCUGGUAGCCGCAGACCUGGUGGCUCGUGCGCCAUGGACGUGGCCGGGGGCAGGGGCGCGCGGCUGCCCUUGGCCGGCGAGCUUCCCCCGCCCGAGCCUGGGCGUCGCGAGGGGACGACCUCCAAGCGGCGAUGCGGGAGGUCGGGGAGGAGCUCCGCCUUGAGCUGCGCAUCGGCCUCGCGGGCUUGCAGGAGCGCCCUGCUGCACCACCUGCUGCCCCGCGGCGACCCCCUUGCCGGCGGCACGCCGGCGGCGGGCCGCGGCGGCGGGCCGGUGGCGGCGGCGGAGGACCCGCGCCGCCCGGCCGCGCGGCGGGCUGCGCUGCUGUCGGCAGCCUCCCCGCGCGGCCUGAGGAGCGGUGUGCCUUCAAGGCCGCCGCAGAACGGCCGCUCGGCGACAGCUCCGUGCUGCUCAAGGACAAGCAGCAGACCAUCUGCAUGGACUCCCCGCAUCCGGAGUCACCUGCGGUACCCAGGCUUCACAUGGUGGCGAGGAACAUCCACGCUAUGCACGGCAUCGGGCGGGAAUCGAUGGUGGAGCUCCGCAGAGACGCCACGGGAAUCGCUCGUUGUCGGGCGCUCGCUCGGUCCCUGACGCACGGGCACCAAACGGCCUUCGAUGUCGUGAUCGGCUUAGUCAUACUGGUAAACUCAGCGUUCAUCGGCUUGGAGAUCGAUCUGUCAUUGGCGGUGCUAGAUGAUCCAAGUGUCACCGAUGCAGUACCCGGGUACUUCAGCUUGGUGGAGAGCCUGUUCCUCUUCAUUUACUUGUUCGAACUGUGCGUACGCUUCGCAGCCGAUGGCAAGGAUGUCUUCCGGAGUGGCUGGUUCGCGUUUGACUUGACGCUCGUCUGCAUAGGCGCCGUAUCGCAUUGGAUCCUCACCCCCACCAUGGGGAAGGGCGGCGCUGGGGUUACAGACCAGAUCCUGCUGGCCCGGAAUCUCCGGCUCGUGCGCCUGGUGCGCGCCGUGCGGAUGAUGGAGAGCUCUUCAACGACCUCUGGAAGCUGAGCGUUGGCCUUGUCAGGUCCUCGCGCACGGUCGCGUCGGCGUGCGUGCUCGUAUCCAUGGUGGGGUACAUCUUCGGGUGCAUCGGGAUCGAGCUCAUCGGGAAGUCGCGUGACCUUCGGGAGGACCCCGUGACUGGCCCGAUCGUGGCCAGGCACUUCGGCUCGAUCCCGCAGGCCCUGGGCGCGGUUCCAGUUCGUCAAUGCGGACUCGAUCGGGGCGAUAUACACGCCCCUCAUAGAGAAGGACCCGCCGCUCAUCAUCUUCUUCGGCAGCCUUAUUGUCAUGGUAACUGUCCUGCUGAUGAACCUCGUUACCGCCUGUGUAGUUGAAUCCGCAGUGAAGACGAGCACGGAGGAUGCCGAGAUGGCCCGGGCCCGCGUCACGAAACAGAUCAUGAACAUGGCGCCCAAAGUGGAGGCCGCCUUCAACGACCUCGACAUGUCCAAGGACGGAUUCCUGGUGAAAGAGGAGAGUUGAUCCACCUAUCCAGACACAUGGAGCACGUCCAUCUUCCGCAGGAGCUCGCCAGACUGCUGCAGCCAGACAAGAUGAUAGACCUGUUCGACGUGCUGGACCUAGACCAGGACCGGAUGGCAUGGUCACCGCCCCAGAGUUCAUCGAGGGUAUCUGCACCCUGGCGUUUUCUCACGUGCCCACCGAGACCAUGCAGAUGUUGCAUUUAUCCAGAGUCAGCAUCAUAGGCUUGUGGCCGUGUGCGACGAUGUGCGCGCGAUGCAGAACAUGAUGUCCAAGCAGCAGGA